CUUGCUGUGACCUCACAAUGACAGAAUCCUCUGCACUAACAGCUCUGGCUGAGGCUGACUCCAGUCCUUACAGUUCAGAAGCUGUUAGCUGGUUGGAGACUAUUGAGAUUCACUCAUCAGUGAGCUACUUGUACUUGGAUAGUGGUGAAUUGGUGAAUCUGAACACACCAUAUCACCGAGGACGCGACCAUGGAGCAGGGCAGGGAGGCCUGCUGCUCCUCUGAGGACUCCUUCAUGCCUGAAUAUAAGAUGCUGAAGACCGUGGGCCAGGGACAAUUUUCGAAGGUCAAGCUGGCCAUCCACGUUCCUACUGUAACCCAUGUGGCUGUAAAAAUGAUCAGAAAUGAGAAGGACUACGCCUCAGUUGUUGCUAGUGAAAUAAACAUCAUGAAAUCUCUCAAACACCCGCACAUAAUCGAAUUGUUCCACGUGUUCCAAUCAAGAGACACCACCUUCUUAGUGAUGGAACACGCAUCACAGGGAGAUCUUUAUCGAUACAUUAUGGAACGGAGGUGCUUACAUGAGAGCGAGGCACGGAGGCUAUUUACCCAGAUUGUCCUUGCAGUUGAGUAUUGCCACAACAACCAGAUUGCCCAUAGAGACAUUAAAGCUGAUAACAUACUGCUUGACUGGAUGGGCAACGCAAAACUUUGCGAUUUUGGCCUUGCAGCAAAAGUGCCCCCAGGGCACCUUCUGACAGAUUACUGUGGUACCCCUCUCUACUGUGCACCAGAACUUUUUGUUGGCGAAGCCUAUGAUGGUUUCAGAGCUGAUAUAUGGAGUUUGGGAGUUCUCCUCUUCCUCAUGGUGGUUGGGCGCUUUCCCUUCUGGGCCAGGUCUCCUGAAGGUCUGAGGCGGCAGAUCCUCAGCUCAAAAUACAGCAUACCUGAGCAUAUUUCCAACGAUAUUUUCAUAGUCAUCAUACGAUUACUGAUGAUCAACCCAGGCAGCAGGCCCAGCAUUGAUCAAAUCAUGAGGUGCUCCAUGAUCACAGACACCCUUGCACGUUUGCCUCCUUCCACACAGAGACUCCCAGGCACCCUGACAACCACCAGCAUUGUCAGCAGCAUGACGGUCAUGGGGUAUAAGUCUGAGGAAAACACUGAUUGUCUCAGAGAACAAAAGGACAACCAGCUGAUGGCCACUUACCUGAUUCUCAAACACGAGUCCUCUGUGGGAGAUAGCUGCCAUCAGCCGGUGAAACCCAGGCAGUCAGGCCUUGUCCUCAACCUGGGAGAUCAUCACACCUUCCCUGUGCCUCUAAGGAGAGCUACUGAGCCUGCUCCCCUGGCCUUCACCAUGUCAUGCAGUCUUCAGGAGACAGAGCAUGAGAACAAUGCCAGGCAGGGUGGCACAAGGCAUAGCAUGCCUGCCACCCUAUGCCACCUGUCAGACAGGCCCCAACCUCCACACCUAGUCUUCCCGAACAGGCCCCGUUCUCUUGACCUUACACGCAGUAGCGUGGUAAUGAGCGAGAGUUCCUCUGAGUCAAAGAUCGGGUCACAUGUCAGCCCCAAUGACAGUGUCUGCCCAUCACUGUUCUUAAUGUUCAAUGAUUCUUGUUCACCAGACGACAAGGAGACCACAUGUAACACAGGCAGUGUUUCUUCCUGGAGUUAUCAAGAGGAACUCUGCAGCUCCAGAGACACAGCUCAGAGUGUAACUUCCAAAGGCCCCUCCUCUGGGGAUACCAGGCAGGGAGACUCCAGGAUACAAGAAGAAAUUAGUGAGGAAAUGACUAUCACACAGGAAGAGGCCAUGAAUGAGGAAGGUACCAUCAUACACGAAACAACCAUACCCCAGGAAGAGGCUCUCACACCAGAAGUGACCAAUACUCAUGAUGAGACCAUCACAGAAGAAACCACCAUGGUCGAUGGAGAGACCAUGGCUCACACUGAGGCCAUCAUAGAGGAAAAGAAUAUAAUGGAGGAGGAGGACAUGCAUCGGGAAGCAAAUGUCUCCCUGGAAGUGAGGAGGACCCAGGCAGGGCAUAAGACUCAGGAUGACAGCAUCACAGAGGAGGAGGCCAUCACCCAAGGCCAGCCUGAGGUUGCCGGCCAGGCUUCCUCCCCAAUCCGGAGGCGCCACAGGUGGAAGGGGUUCAGGAAAACAAUGGUGAACUGCCUCAGACACGUGUGCUUCUGUUUGCCACCUGCCAGGAGAAGCCACGAUGCCUGUCAGAACCUGGCUCCAAAGAAACCGGAUUGUGGAGUCACUCAUAGAACCUGGUGGCGACCGGCCUGCUGCUCCUCUGAGGAUUCCUUCAUGCCUGAUUAUAAGAUGUUGAAGACCGUGGGCCAGGGACAAUUUUCGAAGGUUAAGCUGGCCAUCCACGUUCCUACUGUAACCCAUGUGGCUGUAAAAAUGAUCAGAAAUGAGGAGUACGCCUCAGUUGUUGCUACUGAAAUCAACAUAAUGAAAUCUCUCAAACACCCGAACAUAAUCGAAUUGCUGAACGUGUUCCAAUCAAGAGACACCACCUUCUUAGUGAUGGAGCACGCAUCACAAGGAGAUCUUUUUGGACACAUUAUGCAACAGAGGUGCUUAAUUGAGAGUGAGGCACGGAGGCUAUUUACCCAGAUUCUCCUUGCAGUUCAAUACUGCCACAACAACCAGAUCGUCCAUAGGGACAUUAAGGCCAAUAACAUACUGCUUGACUGUAUGGGAAACGCAAAACUUUGCGAUUUUGGCCUUGCAGCAAAGGUGCCCCCAGGGGACCUGAUGACAGAUUCCUGUGGUACCCCGCUCUACUGUGCUCCAGAAGUGUUCUCAGGUGAAGCCUAUGAUGGUUUCAGAGCUGAUAUAUGGAGUUUGGGAGUUCUCCUCUUCCUCAUGGUGGUUGGGCGCUUUCCCUUCUGUGCCAGGUCUCCUGAAGGUGUCAGAAUACCUCAGCACAUUUCCACCGAUAUUUCCAUAGUCAUCACCCAACUACUGAUGAAGGACCCAGGCGGGAGGGCCAACAUUGAACAAAUCAUGGCGUGCCCCAUGAUCAGGGACACCAUUGCCCUUUUGCCUCCUUCCACACAGAGACUCCCAGGCACCCUGACAACCACCAGCAUUGUCAGCAGCAUGACGGUCAUGGGGUAUAAGUCUGAGGAAAACACUGAUUGUCUCAGAGAACAAAAGGACAACCAGCUGAUGGCCACUUACCUGAUUCUCAAACACGAGUCCUCUGUGGGAGAUAGCUGCCAUCAGCCGGUGAAACCCAGGCAGUCAGGCCUUGUCCUCAACCUGGGAGAUCAUCACACCUUCCCUGUGCCUCUAAGGAGAGCUACUGAGCCUGCUCCCCUGGCCUUCACCAUGUCAUGCAGUCUUCAGGAGACAGAGCAUGAGAACAAUGCCAGGCAGGGUGGCACAAGGCAUAGCAUGCCUGCCACCCUAUGCCACCUGUCAGACAGGCCCCAACCUCCACACCUAGUCUUCCCGAACAGGCCCCGUUCUCUUGACCUUACACGCAGUAGCGUGGUAAUGAGCGAGAGUUCCUCUGAGUCAAAGAUCGGGUCACAUGUCAGCCCCAAUGACAGUGUCUGCCCAUCACUGUUCUUAAUGUUCAAUGAUUCUUGUUCACCAGACGACAAGGAGACCACAUGUAACACAGGCAGUGUUUCUUCCUGGAGUUAUCAAGAGGAACUCUGCAGCUCCAGAGACACAGCUCAGAGUGUAACUUCCAAAGGCCCCUCCUCUGGGGAUACCAGGCAGGGAGACUCCAGGAUACAAGAAGAAAUUAGUGAGGAAAUGACUAUCACACAGGAAGAGGCCAUGAAUGAGGAAGGUACCAUCAUACACGAAACAACCAUACCCCAGGAAGAGGCUCUCACACCAGAAGUGACCAAUACUCAUGAUGAGACCAUCACAGAAGAAACCACCAUGGUCGAUGGAGAGACCAUGGCUCACACUGAGGCCAUCAUAGAGGAAAAGAAUAUAAUGGAGGAGGAGGACAUGCAUCGGGAAGCAAAUGUCUCCCUGGAAGUGAGGAGGACCCAGGCAGGGCAUAAGACUCAGGAUGACAGCAUCACAGAGGAGGAGGCCAUCACCCAAGGCCAGCCUGAGGUUGCCGGCCAGGCUUCCUCCCCAAUCCGGAGGCGCCACAGGUGGAAGGGGUUCAAGAAAACAAUGGUGAACUGCCUCAGACACGUGUGCUUCUGUUUGCCACCUGCCAGGAGAAGCCACGAUGCCUGUCAGAACCUGGCUCCAAAGAAACGGGAUCCUGGAGUCACCCACAGAAUCAGUACUGAAGAUGUCAAGGCCCAGCUCCGUGGCUUAUGAGCCACGGGUUGGGGAUCGGCCUGGCUGAGGUGUGGACAAUCCCGCAGGAGAGCGAGGCCAGACGUCCAGGAGGCAGUGUGUCCACAGGCUCCUCCUGCAGAGGAAGAACAGCUGUCCACACCAGCUGAGCUCUCACCAGGCCGUCAUUCACUUUGAGAACUGGAUGCCGAACUCAACACCGCUUGCCUCAGCGUGAGGGGAUGAUGGGUGUCCUGAACAUGGAAAAACUGAAACUUUCAAGAGGGGCCAGAACCUGCUGUAGGCCAUGCCUAGUGCCAGCCACAGUGUGCUCUCUGCCACUCGGUGGUUGCCUCCAUCUACUUGACUCCUUGCAAUUCCAUGUCUGCUCUCAGCCAGGCUAUGGUUGCUUCCAUUUCUGUCUCAUUUCAAGUUGAUUGUUCUCCCACAGACUGUCCCAAAUUGUCAUGUCUCGACGAACAGGGAAGGCUGUGUGACUGACAUGGAUGGUCUGUCUAUCCCACGUGUCCCUAAAUUGAACCCAGGAAGAAAAGGUUCCUGGAAUCUUCAUUUUGCUGGGACAUCAUCUGUGCUUCCCAGCUUCUCCGUAUCUUGUUCUGAGAGGUUCACAAAAAAUUCUCUGACAUGUCCUCUGAGCAACACUAAGUUCAUUGGAAAGACAUUUUUAACCGAAUCUGAGAAGGAAGGAGUGUCUUCUACUCUGAGGUUGCACGAGCACCCCAGAACCCUAUGCUUUCCUAACCACCAUCUACAGCCCUGGGAAAGGAGAUUCCCCAGGAUCCUGUUCUGGCCUCAGCCACUGGACCAGGAUGAGCUGCUCAGACACCCCUGAGGAAGAAUUCUCAGGGCACUCUAUCAUGCGUGGGAGGAAGAUCUGACUUGCCAUUCUGAUAAUAGUAACAAAACUAUAUUGUUCACCUGCCCCCCAUCCACUGGAAUGUGGAGCCCCUGGCAGGCCGCUCUGUAGGAAAAGAUGACUUGCAGCAGGAUCUUCGUCUUCUUCUCCAACUCCCCAAGCCAGAAUUUCCAGGUCUGAAUCCCUCUGCCCUGUCAAGUAGAAGCAGCUCAGGGCCAGUGUAGGGAGUUCCGGGCUGAGUGUAGCCCAUCACAAAGGACAUGCACAUUUUGAAUAUUUGAAGUCUGAGAUGUGGACACUGGCGCUGGGAGCUGUGUGAAUGAAAGGACAAGCAGGAAUGGCAGCUUGCUGGCCUGGGAUCAGUGAGACCCUCAUGUGAAAAGUUUUCUGUAUGCAGUCCAGGCUGCCAAGGACUGGCGGCCUCCUACCACUGGCCAACUGAGUGUUGGGGCUUCAGGUCAGAACCUAAUUCCAUUGGGUUUUGUGAUUUUGUUUUUAAAUGACGCAUGUAGCUGUGGAUAUCCUUAAAUUUUGAAUCUUUCAAUCUCCAUGUACCAAAUGCAGGGAUUCCAGUAAUUCUCCACCAAGUCUGGUUUAUUUUGUCUUCUGGACAAACCCAGGGUUUCUUGUAUGCUGGGCAAGAGCUGUCCCAACUGAGUCACACCUGUAUCUCAGCCUAUCCGGGGAUUCAGUGUAGCUGAGGAAGAUCUGGAGUUCUGGAUCGCCCCUAUGGAAUUACAGGACUGCACCAUUUACCCUGCAUUUUCUCUUUUACCAUUUCUAGAUGACCUGUCUUUCUACUGAAAGUCUUUUGACGGACUGAAAGAAAGAACUGUGGCCAGACACCACUUUUCUUCUGAAGCUGCCAGGUAUCCUUGAAGCCCCGUUCUGAUCAGCAGCCCUCAGGUUGGGCCAGAAUGGAAGGCAGAAGACUCUCCAGCGCAUGUCCACAGCAGCAGCUGAUGACAGUAGGAAGAUGGAGCCUCAACCCCACUGCUUGAAGACAAAAUAGCUUUCAGAGCUGGGCUGUCCAGAUGUCCCUGAACAAAUUUCACAGACCCACUGCUGCUCCUGGACCUGCACUCCACAAUGGAGAUGACUGGGUUGCAAGUAAAGUCUGUGAAAUCCACACCAGUGUGAGAUUCAGAAGCACAGGAGGGCUGGGACCGUGCCUGUCUGUCCACAAUACAGUGCCUGCUUUCGUUGUGACAUAUGACUUCUUUCCCCAGAAAGCGAGGGAAAAACCAGCAGGCUGGCUGAGGCUUCUUACCCCAGCACUUGAGAUGGAGACAGGUGCUUCAACCUUGCUGGACUUGAGCAAGCCUGUGUCCAAAACACAAGGUGUACAGCAUCUCAGAGUUGACAUUUGAGGGAAUACAUGCGCUACAUACAUAAAGGUUGGAGAAUACAUGUGGAUAUAUACAAGCACACAGAUGCACAAGCACACAACUGUAAACAUAUUACAGCUUGGGGCUAUCAAAAGCCAGUGGAGAUGCCCCUGCACUAGAAGAAGACCACCUCCAUCAACUCUACUAGCACCCCCAUAUCAUUAAGUUAUGUUUGUUAAUUUGGAA